CCGCGCUCUCAGGGCUGGGGGGGGUUCGGGGCGGUGCGCGGGCCCGCGGCCGCCCGCAGGCCCUCCCCCCGCCCGCCCGCCGCCAUGGACCUGGGCGAGGUCCACCAGGCCCAGCUCUCGAGAUUCGGGGCCUUCUUCCGGGCCAAGCGCGACGAGGUGAUAGCAGAAAGGGACUCGGAGAAGAACGAGUUCCUCAGGGACCAGAUUGCCGACCCCUCGGCGAUCUUCAACGCCGCCGAUGUCCAGCAGAUCCUGGAAGGGUACCACAUGCAGGUGAUGAUGCACACCCGCGAGGACCUGGACAGGUUCGCCUCGCUGUCCGGCGUGUACGUGUCCUUCCUCAUGGCCCAGGCGGAGUCCUCCGGCAUGGUGCUGCAGGUCGACGACGUGUCGGCCUCGGAGGACCAGAGCCGGAUCCACCAGGUCGAGGAGCUCGCCGCACUGAACGCCCCGCCGCUGGCGCCGAAGCCGCGCGGUCAGCUGACGGCGCUCCCGGGCGCGGGCGGCGCGGACCUCGCCGUGCUGCAGGAGCUGCAGGAGCUCCGGGAGAGGGGCCGGCAGCUGGAGGACUACAACCUCAAGCUGCAGGGGGACCUGGACGUCAGCUCGCAGAGGUGCGCCGAGCUGGAGCAGGUGAAGGCCAACAUGCAGCAGCACCUGCUCCACAGCGCGGAGGGGGCGGGCGGCAUGAGCAGCGCCCAGGCGGAGCAGUACGAGCGCGCGCUCGGCGAGGCGCGCGCGGAGUGCGAGAUGCUGAGGAUCGGGGACAUGGACCAGAAGCUGAACGAUUCUUCGCAGGUCAGAGACCUCAAAGCGCUGCUGAAAAAGAAGAACGACGACAUCAAGGGGCUGCGCCAGGUCGUGGCGCAAGCGGGGCUCCAGCCAGGGGGCGGCGAUGGCACCGAGCUGGAUACGGACUCCGACUGA